AUGGCACGCUCGGCAUCAACAUCGACAUCGACGCCCUUGGGCCGGUUUCUCUUCCUGGCGCUCGCCGCGCUGGGCGCGCUCGUCUGCGCGAAUGCGACGCAGGUAAUGCAGCGACCAGCAGACUACAUGGACCCCCCGCGCGUGUUCCCGACGGGAGAUGCGACGCCUCACGUCGUGCAGAAGCGCGCCAGCACCGGCUACGUCCAGGCUGCAUACUUCACAGACUGGUCAAUCUAUGGCGCCAACUUCCAGCCGACGAAUAUCACUCCAUCAGACCUCACGCAUAUCUUGUAUGCGUUUGCGGACGUCUCGCCUGACACUGGGAACAUCUCGCUGGCGGACUCGUAUGCGGACGAGCAGAAACACUUCCCUGGCGAUUCGUGGGAUCAGACGGGAAACAACCUCUUCGGCUGCUUGAAGCAGGUUUGUCAUCCUCUUGGCGUAAUGAUCUCCACUAGAAAUCCGCCUCCGCAGAUGUAUCUCCUCAAGCUCGCGAACAGGAACCUCAAGGUGCUCCUCUCGAUCGGCGGCUAUACCUACUCGCAAGACGGACACUUCAGUUUCGUCACAGACGCGAGCCUGCGUUCGACCUUUGUUGCGAGCGCGGUGAGCUACGUCGAGAACUUCGGGCUUGAUGGCAUCGACCUCGAUUACGAGUAUCCGGACACGCCCGAGCUCGCGCAGGGCUUCGCGGAUCUCAUCACGGAGUUGCGUACUGCAUUUGACGACCUCGCCACGAGUAAGGGCGAUACCAUUCCCUAUCAACUUACCGCGGCUGUGUCUGCGGGAUGGGACAACUAUCAGUACCUACUAGUCCCACAGAUGGACGCGGCGCUGUCAUACUGGAAUCUUAUGGCGUACGACUAUGCCGGUUCGUGGCUGAACAUCACUGCUAACCAAGCGAAUGUCUACGAUCCGACGCUCACAAACACGUCUACGAACAAGGCGAUUAAGUGGUACCUCGAGAAUGGAGCAACCGCGAGCAAGAUCAACAUGGGUGUCCCGCUAUACGGCCGUGCGUUUGAGAAUACGACUGGAAUCGGAGCACCAUACAAUGGGGUCGGUCCGGGUACGCUUCAGGCUGGAAUCUACUCUUACAGUGACCUCCCGCUCGCUGGAGCGUCGGUGUACGAGAACUACACAGACAUAGCGAGCUAUUCAUACGACUCGACGAAGAUGGAGCUUGUAUCGUAUGAUACACCGGACAUUGUCACGAAGAAGGCGGAGUACGUCAUCGCGAACGGCCUCGCAGGGUCCAUGUUCUGGGAUCUCUCAACGGACAAGACAGGCUCGGAGUCGUUGGUGUACACGACGUCCCAGACGUACGGAUCGCUGGACCAGACUCUGAACCAUAUCGACUACCCCGACAGUGAGUGGACGAACAUCGCAAACAACAUGGGCGAGUUGAACACGACGACAACGACAACGACAACAACGACGACAACAACAAGUGCGUCCACGACGACGACAACGACAAGUGCUUCCACGACUGCGACUGCGACGACAAGUACUGCGACGACUGCGACAAGUGGAACGCCCACGACGACGACGUCUUCUGCGACUCCGACCACCACCACAACGGGCGAGUGUAGUGGAGUCGGCGCGUGGAGCGCUACGGCGACGUAUGUCGGAGGAGAUAAUGCGACAUAUGGCGGCGACCUCUGGACGGCGAAGUGGUGGACGUACGGGGACACUCCAGGCGGAUCGGCGGGCGUCUGGACCGACGAUGGCGCGUGCUGA